AUGACCGAAACACCUACCAACAUCGCUGAGAAGUCGCUAGGAAAAACCGACCCCACGGAAGAACGAAAUUUUAUGUCUGUGGGUCCUGAUGGUAGCGAUAGUAUUGACCUUGAAUACGACCUGGAGGACGAAACUUUCGAGCUACCACUGAAGGCUAGAUUCAGGUCUGAGCAAUCUGGCAAUUUUCCAGAUCUCGCGCCAGUGGGAAGUCUCGAUAAGAAAGUAAGGUUUCAAAGCCAAACGGUGUCACCAUGGGAUCCAUUGACGGGUGAGUCGAUUGGCGUUUUGAAUACACACGAUUUUGAAUCUCCAACAAUGUCCAGAACUCUAAGUGGUGCAAGUGGUCGAAAACCGCACAUUGAAGACGUCUUACAGCACGCACAAAUGUUGAACGGUUAUUUGGACCAAACUUUCGGUAAAAUCCAAUCUUUUCAAUCGGAAUUUUACGACCAAGACCACGAAAGCUCCUUGCCUAUGAGUAACAAUUUUGCCAGUAACGUUGCAACCGCGCCUACUACCCCGUCCGGUUCAGUUUCGAAUUUUCAGCUCAGCGAAAGUGAAACUAGCGAAGCUAGCGACGUCCCAGAUGAAUCACAUUCCGAUUUCGAUGGUGUUUCAGCAGCUGUUCUGCAAAGCAAUAACGAGAAGGAGGACCACAAAAUCAAACAGAUCUUGUCUAAGCAUCAAACUGCAACAUAUCCUCGAUCCGAGAACCCGUCCAAUGUGAGUCUGGUAAGAAGUGAGUCAAACACUCGCAUGGGAAGUGUACGACAAGAUUCACCUGGCACCCCUCUUGGGUCCCCUGCUAAUGGAGCUCAAACUAUCCAAAAUUCACCUGUAAUACGAGAUCAAAAUUUCUUGCGGCCCAAGGAAUUGGUACCGCGACCUUCAGAAUCAGAUGCAGAGCCAGACGUGGAGGCCCCAGACAUGAGUUCCGAUGUAGCGCUGGCGCUAUACACCGAGACCAUCGAACGUUUACUAGAGCUCAGUAAAGACAUUGAUAUUAUUCCAGAACAGAUCUUACCGCCUUUUGCCACAUUCCACAUGAAAUCGGCGCCUACACUUGGCUACGAAGAUUAUUUGCAGCGAUUCCACGGGAAGUUUUCAUUUUCUUCCAUUGUAUACCUAACGGCGGCGUAUCUUCUACAGACUUUAGUGCUACGGAAAGAUACCGAUGACGGUAAACUCGCAUUUAAAUUCAAAGUCGAAUCUAGGCAAGUACACAGACUGAUCAUCGCAACCCUAAGACUCGCAACAAAGUUGCUGGAGGACUGCGUCCAUUCACACCUAUAUUUCAGUCGCAUAUGUGGCAUUUCCAAAAAGCUACUUACCAGGCUAGAAGUGGCAUUGCUGGAGUGCUUGAAUUUCCAGGCUCUCAAGAUUACGAACAAAACUUUACUCAAGACCGUACAGAUCCACCAAGAGCUGUGUGCUAUCCGAGAAUAG